GAUUGGGUAAAUGGACGAGUAUAAAAUGAAGGCACACAAAGCGAAAAGGCAAGUCAAAAUCCAAAGAAGAGAGAAAGACACAGAAGACCAAUUGGGAACUGGUCAGGCAGCUCUCAAAUGCUAGUAACAUAAAGGGCCAGCCAUCUAUCCAUAUACAUAAAAAAACCCACAGAAAUUCCUCUCCUUUUAUCACCAUUAUAUCUCUUCUCUUCUUAUUUGACAGAAACUGAGCAAUCAAGUUUCUGUUUUGCGGUCAUAGUCUCAAAAUUACAUGGCGAAAACCUCAAAAGCAUAUCAGAAAAACACUUCUUAUACUAAUAGCAGUGAGAAGAAUAACAGCAAUAGCGGCAGUAGCAGUGAUCAUGCCAUUUCCAAAGGGAAGAGGAAGCGAAAAGCUGUCGUCUCCAGAGACUCCCCUCCACAACGUAGCUCCAUUUACAGAGGUGUCACAAGGCACAGGUGGACGGGUCGAUAUGAAGCUCAUUUAUGGGAUAAGAACUGUUGGAAUGAGACACAGAGCAAAAAAGGAAGACAAGUAUAUCUGGGGGCCUACGAUGACGAAGAAGCAGCUGCACAUGCAUAUGACUUGGCUGCAUUGAAGUAUUGGGGUCAAGACACCAUACUUAAUUUCCCUGUUUCCACGUACGAAAAAGAGCUAAUGGAAAUGGAAGGUCAAUCAAGAGAAGAAUAUAUUGGUUCUUUGAGAAGAAAAAGCAGCGGAUUUUCAAGAGGAGUCUCGAGAUAUAGAGGCGUAGCUAGACACCACCAUAAUGGCCGAUGGGAGGCUCGCAUUGGCAGGGUAUUUGGCAACAAGUAUCUCUACCUUGGAACAUAUGCUACUCAAGAGGAAGCAGCAAUGGCAUAUGAUAUGGCAGCUAUAGAGCAUAGGGGACCUAACGCUGUUACAAACUUUGACCUUAGCCGUUACAUCAAGUGCAACCCUCAACCAAAACCAAAUCCUAAUUCUACUGACCUAAAUACCAUUCCUAACACAAAGGAGGAAAUAGAUAUUAGCUUCACCCACCAACAGCACGAACAGCAGCAGAGCUCAAAUUCCGUCGGAACCAGCGCACCUCCGCCACAUGCAGUGGGCGGUACAGCUGCUUCAUCGGCUGUUGACUGUCCAGAGACACCGCCGGAGCCGGACAGGCCGCGGAGAUGUUUUCCCGAUGACAUACAAACAUACUUUGACUGCCAAGAUUCGAGUAUCUUUGUCGAAGAGCAUGAUAUUAUUUUUGGAGACUUGGAUUCCUUUGUGUUGCCUAUGUUUGAAUAUUAGCUUAAUACCUAGCUAGCUAGCUUCACUUAGGUAACUUAAUUAGGAGUUUGAAGGAAUAUUAGGGGAUUCGAGAUACAUCAUCAAGAUUGCUUUAAUUGUUAAUUAGUAUACUAAAAGGUUAAAGGCAGCUGGAAGAGUCGAGACCAAAACAAACAAACAAACAAAAAAAAAACAGAAAUAUUAUAUAUUUCUCAGUUUUGUUUUUUUGAAUAUUUGAUUAUUUUGUUUUAUUUUGUUUAAAGAGCUAUCUAGGAGAGAGGGAGGGUCAAAGCGAGGGAUUCUGUUUGUGUUUCUUUUAC